AUGGCCACGUACUACUCCAACGACCUUGAGUGGCUGCUCCUCCGCAAGGGCAACUCGUUCACACACAAGAAGCUGGUCGAGGGCCCCAUCUUCUCCACGGAGCCCGGUAACCUUGUGAACGUUCACUCGCACAAGUACUCUGGCCUCGCCAACUCCAAGGCGAUUGCCGUGACCGCCACGCCGACGGGCUCGAUCCAGAUCUCGACCCGCAAGGCCGACGCCAGCCCGCACGCCGUCAAGGGCGCUCGCUCGACCAAGUCCAUCAAGGCUCGCUCGGGCGGCCGCAAGGCCCUUGGUGCCGCCGCACAGUACGCCAAGUCCGGCUACCGCCCCGACCUCCGCGCACCCACCCUCGCCCGCGUCUCGCGCCUGCUCGAGACACAAAAGGAGCCCAAGGAGGACCUGCCCAAGAAGCUCCGCGGAAAGAAGGCGCUCGCCCUCCCCGUAUAA